AUGAUCUGCACUAUUGUCAUCUUCAUUUUCGCCUUUUGCAUCUCCAUUGCCCUGGCCUUUAUUGCCGACGCUGACGCCACGGUGACACCCUUAACACUUGGUCUACUGUACUCAUGGAUGCCUGUCAUGGUUGUGUUCUCCAUUGUGGAUCGCAAUCCACAUUCUACAGAGAGGUCAAGAGAGCUUUUCCAACGGUGGAUGUACAACGUGUCAUACGUUUUUCAUUCAAACGCUGCCCAGAAUGUAGCAGGCCAAAAUCAGGGAGCCCCUCGGAAUUGGUGGACUCAUAAUACCGGCGACGACGAAAUCUUUGAGAUCACAGAGUUCCUCGGUCAGGGACGCACAGGGGAAAUCUGCGGCUUGGCUCUCGCCGUCUUGAAGGCAGCACGGAACAAGAAAUACAAUAAGCCAUACGACACGAGAACCGCGGAAGAGGUAUACGGCUUUCUCUACGGGAAAGACAAACGAAGCAUCUCCUUCUCGUGGUUGGUUACAGCGUGUAUUUCCUUCUUGAUCUUCUGGUUCUUCAUCCUCAUGGCUUUCACCGUUGCCUACAACUCACCCACAGCGGGUCUGGGAUGCUGGUCGGGAAGCUUCCUGCUGUACGCCUUCUUGUCCAGCACCACAUGGUUUGUGCAAUUCGGGCGCGUCUUCUGGAGCCUGGUCUCCGGAAAAUCCAAAUUAGGCUCCCCGCAGAAGACAUGGAUGAAGAAGUUUUUCAAAGUGUUUUACUUCUGUUCAAGUUUGGCCGCCAUUCUCUUCCUCUUGUUUGUGACCAUCAUCGUUCUGUCGGGUGUACUCCACGAGAGGCACCCAGAUGCCGGGAUCAAUCUAGCGUUCCUGCAGUAG